CGAACAAAACUGGGAUCCCAAACGUGACAUGUAUUGGAAAUUGUCGGGGAAGAAAAUGACGGACGUUUGGGACUUCCUUUUCGGACCCGGACCGCCUGGUCUGACCGACCUCGAAUACAGUCAAUGGAGAAACCUGGUGUUCGCUGUGCUCAAUGGGUGCCACGGUGCGCACCCAGGGAGUCUGUCUCACACUUCCUCAGAAGGCUGGAGCACGUUUACUUCACGCUGGCCGAACCGCUCACUCUUGAAAACUACAAGUCACAGUUUGACGAGGAGGACCCUUUCGACGCUCACGACAUGGAGGAGCUGAGCGACUCCGAAACCUUCGAUUUCGAGUCCAUGCCACUUCCUAGGGUGGUUAGACAGGUUGGUGAUGAAGAGGAAGGUGUCCCUCAGAGAUAUAGCACGUCCCCUGCCGGUUUGAAGCGUGUGUUUCGGGGCGAACCAGUCGACAACCAAUCGUCUGAUGACGGGGAGGAAGAGAGAGACUAUGAUCACGAACCUUGUGACAGGCUCCCUGUGGACCAUGACACCUGGCAGAAUGACAGACUCUACUUCUUCGGCAAGCAUCGCCGGUUCACGUCGGGGGAUGUCUGGGGACACAACGUCAUCUGGCACUCGAGGAUAUUCCAACCUGCUGUGAGGAAUGGAAUAUGGGUCAUGGCAAUAAAGGAGGUCGAUGGCAAGUGGAGUGGACUGAAGAGACUGGGAGCGGGUGCAUUUAAGAGAAAGGCAAGAACUGCUCUGGUGGAGCAUUUGAGUCUCAUGAACCCCGAGAGGAACGAUCAGGACGUCGAUGCGUAUGCAGAACAAAAGCUACAUGAGUUGUACGCCAACACUAUGUUGGAGUUUCGAGCGCCUUUCUACGCACUCGAAAUGGCACCGUCUCGUGGCAUUGACUGGCGCAUGCCGCAACCUCCGCCGGCCGGUCAGCAUCCGGGAGGGGGUGGUGGAGGAGACGAAGGAGACGGCGGAGGUGGCGGAGGAGACGGCUCACAGUUUGCCGGAAAGGGGACGGGCGAGACAUCAUCGGUUGAGAAGGCGUCCGGCGGAAGGGGGUCGGGCGGAAAGGGGUCGGGCGGGAAGGGGUCGGGCGGAAAGCGUAGAACGAGCGAAGGUGCGACCUCCGGUUCCCUCGGCUCGGGCGACCGCCACAAACUGCAAAUACAUUCGGAUUUGUUGCCGUCGCCCUACACCAUAAGUGCUCCUCACGCAACAGUUCCGCAGGGCCAAGAAAAUGUGACGUCCUGGCCCCCGCAUCUUCAGUUGGACACAGGGUUACCCUGCUCGCCUCCUUUCUCAUGUGUUGAGACUCGAGACUGGUGGUUUCGCGACGUGCUAGAGGGGCCCGCUCCAGGAGUGUUGGAGACCGAGGGUAGCGGGAACGAACGUCACACUCCUGGGGAAGACGAGCACUCUCCGGGAAUGCGUGCUGUACAUCGGGAAGAGGAGACUGAACGCUGGCAGUCUCGCAAAGUGUUGGAGACCGGGGGUAGCGAGUGUAAACGUCAUGCUUCGGAGGGUGCGUCCGUGGACACUUACAGCGAGAGUGCAGGAGCUCCGGGGGAAACGCAUGUUGUACAGUGGGGAGAGGAGACUCGACAUGGGCCGGCUCGUAAAGACGUGAAGUGGCUCCACGCACAAGCGAUGGUGAUCGGGACGUCCGAAGAGGGAGGUAAGUGGACGUCCGUGCAAGAUCCCGUUCUGGGCGACGAUGAAGACGAAGAAGAACCCGCGAAGGAAGCUCGGGUUCAUGGCGAUGAGAAAGGUGGAGAAACCGUGGUGGAAGGCGGUAAGGUGACUGUCGACAUCCGGACGGAUCCACAGCGGAAAGAUGGUGAUUCUUCACCCACCCGUUGCGGUGAAGAACAGGGUGGUCGAGUGUCUGUCCUGAGCACCGCUCGGGGAAUGGUGCUUCACAAAGCCAUAGAGUUGGGUGACGACUCGGCAGCCACCGAGCUUGUUAGCGACUCAGGCGUGGCCGAGUUGCAGAACGUUGAAUCCUCCGUGGAAGGUGGUGAGGUGGCCAUCAGUAUCAAGAUGGAUCCAGAGCGGAAAGAUCAUGAUUCUCCGUCCACCCGUUGCGGUGCCGAACAGGGUGAUCGAGCAUCUGUCCUUAGUACCGGUCGGGAAAUAGUGCUUCAUGAACCCAUCGACUUGCCAAGCGACUCAGCUGCCACCGAGCUGGUUAGCGACACAUCCGUGGCCGAGGUCCACAACCUCGAAUCGUCCGUGGACGUUGGCGCACUGGCGCGACAGGAGGGCGAGUUUCCUCAAAGGCCUCCCGAGCACGGUGUGAGGUUGUUAAUGUCCCUACCCAUGAAGCCUUUAAAAGCCGUGCGCGAGAAACGUCUUUCAAGGAGGUCAUUGGCCGCUUCACCGAAGAAGUCGUCAAGUGUAGGGUUGUUUAAAAGGGUCCAGAUGCCUCGCCUUUCCCAGAGAGCUGUCAGAGUUCUGAAGGCUUGUGGAAUAGACAAGGAGGAAGGUCUGCGGAAACAUUUGGUUGCGUCUAUUGAGAGCGUUACUGCUUUGUCUGACGGGUCUGAUGACGAUGGCAAACGGGGUGUCUUGAAAGACCCGUGUCCUAAGUACAUCGCGAAGGACACAUUCAACAAGCGGGGAUACAACUUUUCUGGGAAAAGGGCAGACAGUUCUUAGCCAUUCCACCACGGGGUUUGUGUUCACUCCUCACACUUGUUCGUGGGUGUUUGUGCAGCAGGGGCUACAUCAUGUUUUCGCGUUCCGUUGCCUACUGAGGAGCGUAGCGCUACGGACUUGAGAAUGUUGCGGAACGUC